AUGUCUUCCCAAAAUAUCUCCACCCAACCUACUGCUGCUCCAGUCAUGCAAAUGAAUAUCGAGCCGGAGUCGGGGAAGCAGACUCAAACUAGAUUUCAGUCCCUUCGUUUGAGGGGAGGCGGAGCUGCCAAGGGUUGUCUUAUCGGCGCGCUUUCGUGCUUUAUUUGCUGCGAGGCUGCUGCGAUUGCUUCGCCGCAAUUCUAUGCUGCCCAUGCGAGAUAUUCUGCGGUGACGACGACUAAUUUCUGA